AAUAAUAAAAAGGCGAAAGGCGUUAUACCUGUUAAAGCAACAGCUUUUGUGUUCAAUUUGAUGUUAGCAUUUCUUUUAACAAUUGCGAUUUAAACUUUUAUUUGUUUUAUUUAGUGUCUUUUUUUGAUACAUUUAUAUCAUCUUACUAAGUAUCUAACCAUGAGUGCACCUAAAGAAGUAACUGGUGAGGGUGACUUUGAUGAGACAGAACACAUUGAUUACAAAGCUCCACCGGAGAAAAGUUUAACCGAGAUAUUGGAAGCUGACAAAGACGAUGAAAGCUUGAGACGUUACAAGGAAACCUUAUUAGGAGAUGCCACAGCCACUGCUCCUGUUGUCGACCCUGCAAAUCCCAAUCGUGUCAUUGUUAAGGGAUUGGCGAUGGUUACAGAAGGACGACCUGAUUUAUUUCUUGACCUUACAGGUGAUCUGGCUGAAUUGAAGAAACGAGUCUAUAAGAUAAAAGAAGGAAUUCAAUAUAAAAUCAGGAUUGAUUUUAUUGUCCAGAGAGAAAUUGUCACUGGACUCAAAUACGUGCAAAAAAUUAGUCGAUUGGGUGUUCCAGUGGAAAAGAUAUCCCAAAUGGUUGGAAGUUAUGCUCCUAAAUCUGAAAUCCAAUCUUACACAACGCCUCCCGAAGAGAUGCCUUCCGGUUUGAUGUGCCGUGGAAAAUAUGAUGUUAAAUCUCUAUUCACCGAUGAUGACAAACAUGAACAUUUGAAAUGGGAGUGGACCUUUGAAUUGGUUAAAGAGUGGGAAUGAAUUUCGAAUAUCAUUGUCAUUGUCAUUUCUAGAUGCCAAACUUUUAGCGGAUGCCCGUUUCCUUGAAAAAAAUGAUGCAAAUUGAUAAUGUAAUCAUUACUAAAGUGACUUAUAACGUGGAUUAAGCUUGAAAUGAGCCAGAAAAAUUUUAUGCAAUAAGAUUAUACACUAAAGGUGAUUGAUAGUCCUUUUGGACGUUUUGUUUGGAAGGUAAAAGUUGUAAAAUGGCUCGAAAAUAAAGUAAUUUUUUAACUCUAU